AUGAGUGAUAUACCAGGAUCUUCUACCUAUGAUAGGGAUGACUCAGUUUUAGCCCCCAAUAGUACAAAUAAAGGAAACGGGCAACAAAAAAUAUCGCAUUCGCCAUCAUCUUCAAUAUCAUCGGUAAACAGUGACAGUUCCACAGGAAAGUUGAUCGAAAGUCUCUCAAUACAUAAACUCAGUAAACAUUUAGACAAUAAACCUGAUGAUAAGAGCGUGGAUAACAAAAAUGCAGAUAAAGUAGAGAAGUUAGAGAAGUUAGAGCUACCAAAGGAGCAAGGAAACUCAAAGAGUCCCGAUAACCUGAAAGAGAAUAAGACUCAACAAACAUCGGAUAAUCACAAGAUUCGGUUACCCAAGAACGAAAAGCAUAAAGCAAUUAAGUUUACCGUUAGGAAAGUGUCCCAUGAGCCCAUCAACUCCCCUCCUUUGGGCAAAAAUGCAAUUGUUUCUCCGGCAAACGCAGGAUCCCAGGAUGUUGAAGUUAAGUCACAAAAUAUUGAACAUUUGAUAUCUUCGCAAACGAGGUAUGACCAUUAUACGAAAAAAAUUGCGAAAAUUGACAAGGAGAUUGACUUUUUAACCAACCUUUUACCACCUUAUAACGUAGAAAUAGAUUAUCCCACAAGAACCAAAAUAACAGCAGCAAUCAGAAAGUUAAGGAUGAAGCAGGAUGAAUUAGAAAACAAAAAGUACAAGUUAGGAAUUAAUAUCAGUAGAUUAUGGAGGGAGCAAGAUGAAAAUAAUAUAUGGGUUAGAAGCGUUAGUAAUUCAUAA